AUGGCUAUCUCAGCUUCUGAAAGUCUCCAAGGCGUCCUCGCUGAUGUUAGUAAGGAGAUUACAGAGCAUCUAAGCAUUAUAGGACUCGGACCUGAAGCAGUCGACAGGAUUUACCAGUGUUUUGUUCUCACCACAAAAGGUGGAAAUCUGUUACGAGGCCGAACAGUUCUUGAUACUGGCUUUAUACUAAACGGUCAUGAUCUUUCUCCGGUCCAAAGCGAGGAGCUCGCGGUUCUUGGAUGCUUGAUUGAAUUCUUCAAUGCAGCAUACGUGAUUUGGGACGAUAUCAUGGAUGGUUCUUCCACCAGACGCGGUCAGCCCUGCUGGUAUCGCCGAGACAAUGUUGGCAUGAUAGCUAUCAACGAUGCCUGCAUUCUGAAAUCAGCGAUCUACUUUACCCUCAAGAAACGCUUUCGGGAUCAUCCACGUUAUCUAGACCUCCACGAGCUAUUUGACGAGGCUGCCCUUCGGACCGAGCUUGGCCAGCACUGUGAUCUCAUGGCCACAGCGAAAUUACUGAAACCGGGUCGGUUUACUUGGGACCAGUAUGAGUUCAUUGCCGCCCAAAAGACAGCAUUCUAUACCUUCUACCUUCCGAUAGCAAUUCCUCUUGUUUAUUUAAAACUCACGACUGCCAAAAUGCUAGACGACGUUCAUAGGGCGUCAACGCUUUUAGGUCUUGUCUUUCAGGCCCGAGAUGACUUUUUGGAUGUUUACGGUGAUCCUUCGGUCACUGGAAAGAUCGGGACCGACAUCCAGGAGAAUAAAUGCAGUUGGCUUUCAGUUUAUGCCUUGGAAAAUUGCAACAACGACCAAAAAGAGGUAUUUCGGAAGUGCUACGGAUCCUCUAAUGAUGGCGAUAUUUCAAAGGUAAUGAAGCUCUUUCGUGAUCUGAAUGUAUCCGAAGCCUUUCACGACUGGAACAAGGCCAUGUCAGCCAAGAUCGACGCAAUGGUGGAAGAAAUGACGGAUGUUGCUUUGAAGGAGGUCCUCAUCGCAUUUUUAUCAAAAUAUAACCGGGACCCUCGACGAACCUUGGUUCCGUAA